CAGGACGACGCGCUUCACUGACGCUCUUCCUCUGAUGACCUUUCCCAGUUCAACUCAUGAAGGACCUUUGAAUCUGCUUUAUGGUGGAUCACUCGCAGCUCUUGAAGUAAUGAACGGUUACUUCUCUGAAACAAAGGUCUCACUGGGCGAAAACCGCUUGCCUCAGUGAUGCUUGUGGGUUCUUGUCACGUGACGCCAGAGGGGGCGGAGCCGCCGGAUGAACAGGGCAGGUGAGCGCGCGCAGGUGGAGCGCAGCGUUGAGUUUCCCAGCAGCUCACAACAAUACUCGGAGAGGCCUCUGGGAAUAACGCACUCCAACUACCAUGACACAAAACAAGGUCAGCUCCGGAGUACACCCGCUUUAAUAACCGAACGCUUGCUCGAGCCUUUGCGAAACUCAGAUUACUUGGACGAGCGUCAGUCGUGGAGAUGAUCAGCUCGGAGGUUUUGCGUCCGACGCCGAACCCUGCGCGCAAAGCGCUCGGAAAGCUCGCCAACAGGCUGGAGGAGGUGAAGAACCCCUGGAGACAAGGAUCGACGCUCGAGUUCAGCCACAACGAAACCGCUCGGCUCGCCACCGACGCGCUCCUGGAGCACGGGGAGAAGGAGUACAAAAAGGUCUUGCACGACGAACGGGAAGUGAACUUUCUGUCCUCGCUGGAAAUACGCUACAUCGCCGAGAAUGUGGCCAAAAGCGGCGUGGAGGACAGCGGAACCAAUGGGGUGGACUUGGAGGAAGGCGACACGGUGUCCGAGCUCACUUCGGGCACUUACUUCCCCAUGAUGUCCGACGAGGAGCCGCCGCUGUUGGAGCUGGGCUGGCCAGAGUCUUCCAGCAGAUUCGGACCCACGGAGGCGCAGAUACACUUCCAGAGGGACAAGUCGCAAAAUGUCAAAGACCUCAUUCGGUCGCUUAUCAGUAAAGCCAAGAAGGUUAUCGCCGUCGUCAUGGAUAUUUUUACAGAUGUCGACUUGUUCUGUGAUCUAAUGGAGGCCUCCAACAAGCGCCGGGUCCCGGUCUAUAUUCUGCUGGACGAGAAGAAUCUCAGCUAUUUUUUGAACAUGUGCUCAGAACUGGAUAUCCAGAAUUCACACUUGAGUAAUAUGCGGAUAAGAAGUGUGUGCGGAGACACGUAUUGCACCAAAAGUGGGAAAAAAUUCACAGGCCAGGUUCAAGAAAAAUUCAUGAUCAUUGACUGUGAGGAAGUCAUAGCUGGAUCAUAUAGUUUUACAUGGCUUUCAGGCAUGGUUCACAGCAACAUGCUGAUGCACUUCUCCGGACACGUUACGGACUGCUUCGAUCGCGAGUUCCGCUGCAUGUAUGCAGACUCCCAAAUAAUAGACCGCUUCUACAAUCCAGACGAAGAAGGGCUGCCCAGUUACUCUUACCACAUGCCUGUACCAAACUUUGGCUUGGACUUUCUAGCAGACUACAGCCGGGAGCGAGUGUAUUCAGAGCACUCCAGUAGCCAAUCCAGCGGCAGCGUUUCCAGCAUCAAAGCAGCUCCUCCAGGCAUGAAAACUAUUAAAGUCACGGCAGACAAGAAGAACCCCGAAAACUCUCAAAAGCCUCCUGACAGGAAGGUCGUCACAAGUCCAGUGCUUCAGAAGCCUCACAUCAGAAGAGGCUCUCCGAAUGGGAGCCAGGCAGUGGAGCGUCCUUCUUUAGGUCCAAACGCUGGCGUGGAAUGGUCCAAAAUAGGAGCGAGCGAUUACCUACGCUCAAACCUUCCCAGUCAGACUUCCAAAAUCCAAACUUUAGGUCUCUACAGUUCUCCGUCGCCGGCUCAACAGUCUCCAGCCGACAACAAGACCACCUCCAAAUAUCGACUUCCCACCCCGUUCAUCAGUAAGUUCACUGAUUUGUUCAGCUCGAAGGAAAAGGACUCCCACUUGUUCCAGAAGGUUCCUACUCAUUCUUCUCCGUUUGGCGGGCCAGAUCUUUCUCAGAACGAACCGGAGAGUAAGCAAGGUCCUCCUCCUCCAGGACCCAUGCCAACAGACCGGAUGGGCCCGGACAAAGGGAUACUUCGGCGCGAUGAGAAACGCAUGACGUUGGGACACAGCAAAUUGGACCUCGUCAACCAGUACAACAAGUUAAACAAAUCCAAACAGGUAUACAGUCGCUUUGAGCUAAAGAACAACAUACCUCAGUAACUCCGGACCGGGCUGAGCAUUCUUGUACAUAGCUGUUAUUGUGCAAAGGGAUGACUGUUUUCUUGGAGUGCGAUUGUUGCUCUUUUUUUUUUUUUUUUUCUACACAAAAGACAGAAACAUCAUCCAGGGUUUGUUUAUUUGUAAUAAAAACAAAAUGCUUAGUACUAAUGCUGCCUGCAAGUUCUUCUGGGACAAUCAUAUUUACAACAUUAUGGCUUCACAAACAGGCUUAGACUAAGCCAGGUCAUAGUUCAAUUAGGACAUUUAAGUAAUUUUAUAAACAUACUUUUUAUAAACAUUAUAAAUUGUGCAUCUUGAGACAAAACAAAGGCACUGAUAUAUUUUAAGUUUCUUUCAGUUGCAACAGCCCAGACUUACGUUUUAGUCUAGGACUAGGCCUAAGCCUUGUCUGUGAAACUGGGGGAAUAUGCUCAAGCGAUUUUGAUCGAGAUGCAUUUUUUUGUAGUUAAAUAGUAAAUUAAUUACUCAUUCAUACAAGUGCACUAAUUAUAAUAAUUUAUUUUAUUCAUAACAUGCCCACCUGUAUUAAGCGUUUUUUAUAUAUAAUAUUGUCUUAAUGUUAAUUAUCAGUAUUUUCUUUUUCCUCGAAAAAAAUUGUAGUUCGGUUUCACAGGUGUCUGUUGGGUUAUAAAACCAAUACAUUUAUUGGAUUUUGUACAAAAAACUAUUAUACAUUACAUUUAUUUGACAAGCGACCCAUCAUAACAUACAGUACAUAAAAUAUUUUUUAUCAGCUUUUCCUUAAAACCUUUCCGAACAACAGUUUCCAAUACCUAUAACAUAUCAUUUUUUUUUUUAAAGUUGCAUUGCUCUAAAUCCAAAAAGCCUGUGAUCGAAUAAUAUCCCACAUUUCCCUGCUGGUAUUUGUUGUGGCUCAUGUUGCAAAUAUGGUCAUUCUUGCAUGGUUUGAAGGCAGCUUUAGUACUUCGUACCGGUAAAUGAUACGUUCAGUAAUGUGUAAAACCUAGUGUACAUACAAACCAUUCCUUCAUGGGGCAUUUUUGUACUUUUGAUGUGUUGUUUUUUUCCUGUCCACCACUUUAGCUGGCAAAACAGAUGGUGUUGAUUUAAACGUAGCCACUCUGUCUGCCGCUGAGUAUUACCCUUGGAUAGCAUGAUUGAGGAGGUUACGCGUAUAGUCUUCCAAACGUUCUCACGUGUUCGUACUAAAAUGUGAUUCUCGUGUCACUGAAGACAUGCAUUUAGAGACUCUAAGAUGCACUUUGGGUAACACUGCAAUUAGCUGCUUAACUAUAAAGUACUGUAUUAAUUCAGUGAGGCCUAGACUUGCUGCAUCUCGCGGUGGACUACGAUGCAAUAGAAGCUAAUUGCAAACCAUUAUUUUCACGAUUAUUAUUUUUAUUAAACAGCUUUUUUUUUUAUGUACCAGUGCUAAUGAAGCGAGUUCGGGUGUAGAAGCGCACGCCGAAUGCUAAUUGGCAUUUGAUGGAUUUGUUGUCUCUUUAUAUGCAUGUUUGACUUGACUUGACUGCAGAUCUGUAGGUAAUUUCUACUGCAUACGUAAUCUAGAAGCUUUUAGGAGAUACUGUGAAUAGGUGAGCUUAAAAAGAAGUUUGAGGUUUCCUUGUAGGACUGAUUCAGAAUCACCUUCGUUCACCAAAUACCUUCAAAAAAGUGGCUGAGAAACCGGAGAACUAGAGUAAAGGUACAGCAGAUCAGGUUUUACCUUUUCAUAUCAACGUCAACAUAAAUAUCUGCUAGACAGGAGCAGAUCCUUUUACGGUUCAAUUAUUUAAAAUGUCCGAACAUGAUUACAGAUUACUGGUAAAGUGCUAACAUUUGUUACACAAGCCAAUAACACCUGCUGAACACCUCUUGAAAGGCCUUGAACAUACUAGUGCUUUACUAGUAACCCAGUUAGUGCCUAUAAUAGUUAUUCGUUCUAAACAUCUAUUGUUUUUGCUCACCGUUGUGUGUUGGUAGCGCGCUUUUGCCUUCCGGUGACUUGCUUUUUAUUAUUUUUCGUUUGCUUUUGUAUGUACAUACGAAAAUCAGACAUUAUAAAAUGUGAUCUAUUAGCUUAAAUGUUUCGGGAGUUUUAGAUGUGUAACAUACUUUUACAAUGGCGGAUCUUUACAUGUCAUGUUUUACAUGGGACUUGCCGAACUUUUCCAACAGUGUUACCAAAGACUACCAUACAUCAAUAAAGUUUAUGUUUCUGUUUUACAAA